AUGACUUACACUCAAUUGCUACCAUAUCUAAUUCAAAAUGGGGUUGUCGUUCCUAGGGCGUUACCUCCAAUGCCCAAGCCUCACAAGCCUUGGUAUGAUGAGAAUGCUAGGUGUGCCUUUCAUGCUAAUUCAGAGGGUCAUACAAUAGAGAAUUGCAAAGUGUUCAAGCUCUGGGUCCAAGAGUUGAUAGAUAAGAAAAUAUUGUCUUUUACCGAUGUUCCAAAUGUGGGGAACAAUCCUUUGCCUAAACAUGAUGGUUCAGGUGUCAAUGCUAUAGAAAGUUCAAUUGAUGAUGGAUUGAUAAAGGAUGUGUUCAAGUUGAAGACUCUUUUAACAGUGGUCCAUGCUAGAUUGAUGGAAGUAGAAUACAUGAAUGGAGUACAUGAUAAUUGUGUGGUGUGUUCAUCCAACCCUGAUCAGUGUGGUGAAUUCAAAAUUUGUCUUCAACGUUUGAUGGAUCAACAGGUUAUUCAGUUCACUAGAACAAAGAUUGAUGAGGAUGUUGCUGUGAUUGUGCCUGUGUUUGAUCAAGAGAGGCUUCCCAAGCCUUUUGUGAACUAUGAGCCUGUAGUUUAUGUGGGUAACAAACCAGUAAUCUUGAAAGAGCCAGACGUGACUAACAUCGCUAGAGCUAGUGGUGUGGCUAUAAGUGGAAGGGUUUUCGCUCCUGAAGUGAUCCCAAACAAAGAAAGUGCACCAACAGUUGAACCAACAAAGGGGAAAGAGGUAAAUCCUUCAGAAGCAGGAGAAGGCUCAUCUAAGAAAGCAGUGACUGCUGAAGAGGAUAGAGAAUUCUUGAAGAUCAUCAAGAAGAGUGAUUACAAGGUCGUAGAUCAGCUUAACCAGACUCUUUCAAAAAUAUCCAUUAUUUCUCUACUUAUGAGUUCUAAGGCUCAUAGGACUGCUCUAUUGAAAUUAUCAAAUGAAGCUUAUGUGGCAGAAGACAUCAGUGUUAUUCAUUUUGAUGAUGUGGUUGCUAACCUCAAUGCCAGUAGUUAUUUGAUGUUCACUGAUGAUGAUUUACUCCCUAAUGGGAGAGAACAUAAUAUGGCGCUUCAUAUCUCCAUUCAGUGUACAUAUGUUACUCUGGCUCGAGUACUGGUAGAUACAGAUUCAUCCUUGAAUAUGUUUCCAAAGACUACCCUAGCACAAUUGAAUAUUGAAGGGGUGCAGAUGAGACCCAAUGCUUUAAUAGUGAAAGCUUUGAUGGGUCUACGCGAAUGGUUAUUGGGGAGAUUGACCUCCCAAUCCUGA